GCCCUAGGCUCUGUGGUUUAACCCACAGCGCCACCCGCGUCCCUUGCUUAGUUUGCCCACCCAUGGUCUAAUACAUAGCCCAGUUCCUUCAACUUUUCCUCACAGGGCUGGCUUUCCAAACCCCUGAACCAGCAGCCCUAAUUUGUCUAUAUACAUACUCAGAAAUGGCCACUGGGAAAUAAAUAUAAAGGGUGUGGUAAUGUAUUGAGAAGACUAUAGAAAAUACCACACACAAGGAUCACAGAAAAGCAGUCUACAAGAAAAAAAUUGUGAGUGUAACUUGGCACUCCUGUCAAGAUAUCUAAAAAGGUUUGCAGAUCACCUUGGCCAGUGCAGGUCAUUUUGCAAUGGCAAAUACCCUAGUUUCUGGAAUCCUUGUCAGCUCCCCUAAUCAUACACAACAUGUGCUUAUUUUGACUGAAGUGAAAAGAACUACUGGGAGAGAUUUCCCCCAAGAUAUUUCCUUCUGCAGAGGAAGUAUUUGGCGCCAUUAAGAGUCAUUGCAGGGCUGUCGAAACCACUCUCAGAUUUAGUGAACUACACUGCAAAGUUGUCUGCCAUCCAAGCACAACCAAGCUGGAAUGGAAAGAUAAUGGAUUGCAAUCUUAUUUUUGUAAUACUGCAUUGAAAAACUCGCAAUGCAAGAGAAUUGCAUACAAAACACGAGCAGAGUUUCAUUUCCCCCACUCAUUUCUACGGGCAGCCUCCACUUCCGCCCUGGGAAUGGGGCAUUUCAAAAUGGCAGAGGGAAACCGGAAGCUCCGUGGCCAAGACUCCCUCAGAGAAGGCGGGAAGAAGACGGCGGCGGCGACGACCGACAGAACACAAACAAACGCCGCUUCUCGCUCGGGGUUUCCCUCGGAGCAACCGCAGGGGUCGUGCGUCGCCGGGGAUUGGCUGGCGCUUGUCGCAGUCUCCCUUUCCCUCCCGCCCCCUGUCCAAUCCGAGCCUCGAGCGGCGCAGCUGGCUGUUGGCGGGGGAGGGAAGAGGCGUUGGAGGCUUCGAAGUGGCGCGCGAGGGAGAGCUAGCUUUUCCCGCGCAUUUCCAACCGUCGUUACCUCAGGUUCCUACUAUUCCUCUCUCGUUCUUCUCACCUGCUGUUUUGAGGAUUAUGGCCACUAGGGAGACAUUCGUCUUUGUCUUUUUUAUGUUAAUUUCUCCCUUUUACCCCAUUUCAGGUAACUCGGUAAGAUAUCAGGAGAUCAAGGAUUAUCUAGUGCACCUCUGCCAGCUGUAUGAGAAGAUCUUGACACUUUGGUUAUCAACUAAAGCUAGAGUUAAACAAAUGGAUAAGUUUACCAGCGAAUCCAUGAAGGCACAAGAAACUCAACCUGAUAUUAUCAUCAUCCAAAAGGAAUCAGAGGCACCAUUUGGAUCAUAUACCCCUCAGGCUGUUCAAGAAUCAAAUGAAGUGGUGUCAAAAAUUCUUAGCGAUUUGCAGCCCAGCAAACCAGUGCUUUGGAAGCAGUUAAUGUGGCAGAGGAAGAAGCGUUGGACACAUAACAAAAGGGGGGAAAAACCUUCCAAUAAAAGAAGGGGAAGAUUUAGAAAGCAUUUGGAAAGAAGUCCAAAACCAAGGUUUGCAGACAGACAGGACUGGAUUCCCAGAAGGUUCAAAAGGCAAGAAUGUAGGAUCAGAAACAUACAGAAUAGCGAAGACAAAAUUCAGAAAGCCAUGGAGCAGAAAGAAAUUCUUAGAUGUGUAAGAAGUACCUAUGUUGGUGAGAAGGAAUCUAAAUCACAGGCAACUUCCACACAUUCCAAUGAACGUAAAAGAAGAAAUACCAAUGAAGUCAUCACUUAUAAUGUCAAGGAAGGACAACUCUUAGGACUAAAGGGAAGAAGAACAAGAAGAAGAAGAUCAACAUACCCAGGGAAGCCACACUUGGUUUCUUCAAAACCCUUUGAUAGCUAUAGUUCUUCCUACAGUUUGUCUUCUUAUUUUACCCCAAGUAGCUCCCAGAGUACAUUAUCAAGAAGAAUGAAGAGAAACGUUUCCAGUUUUCAUAAAAAAGAAGGUAGUUUUGAGGAUACAUUUUUGAUCAACACAAAGGAACAGAAAAUGAGAGAGAGAGAAAUGGGAGCAGUUCCAAAGAAAAGAGAAGCCAGAGAAACACAGUCGGUCAGAAAUGUAAGUCUUAAACUGAAAACCUUAAAAUCUCAAGAGAAAUUAUCUAACAUGGUAGACCGUCUGUCAGACCCAUCCAAUAACAUGUCAAAAGAUGAAAAACUCACCUACAUGCAUGAACUCCUAGAUGAAUUAAAGUUAUUCAUUAAGCUGUUGGAGCAGCAAAUACUACUACAGUCACUAAAUAACAUUGUUUAUUCAACCACAGUUUCUGGCUCGCAAAAGUAGAGAGCUCUAAUAUUGCUGAAUUUAAAAACAUGUUGCUAUUUUGUUACAUAAAAAUCCUGAUAAUAUGUUCAGUAAUUUUAUUUUGGCUUAAUUAGUCUUUAAAUCAUAAUGUUGGUUUAUAGCUCAUAUGAGAAAAAGUUUUUGGAUAAACGACUGAAAAAAUACUAAAAUAAUUCCUAAUAAAUGACAUUACUCUGGAAAAUGCUCCUUGUAAGAAAGAUGCACCAUGACAGUAGUCAUAGGAGAAGGAAUAAUAAAUUUGUAGAGUUGGAAGAUACCCAAGGGGUCGUCUAGUACAAAUCACUGCAACGCAGAAAUCUCAACUAGAUCACCCAUGACAGAUGGCCAUCCAAUCUCUGCUUAAAAUCAUCCAAGGAGUCCACAACCUCCUGAGGGAUACUGUUCCACUGACAAACAGCUCUUACCCAGAAAGUUCUCCCUGAUGUUUAGUUGGAAUCUCCUUUAUGUAACUUGGGUCCUACCCUUUAAAGUGGGAGAAAACAAGCUUACUCCAUCUUCAGUGUGGUUAGCCCUUUAGAUAUUUGAAGAUGGCUAUCAUAUCUCCUCUCAGUCU